CUGAUUUUGCUACCAGUCAGAUUGUUUACUCAUAUAAUAUAGACCUCGGAGCCAAGACGGUGAGACAAACUUUACAGCAUACACUUCGGAAGAUUAGUAGAACUUGAGCCUAGACAGUAAACUAAGUAGUUAUCGCGAUAUGCAUGUAAGCAAUGGCCGUUUAAACCCUAACUUGGCAGUGCCUAGACUAGGGGACUCGUGAUAACGGAGGCUCCCACUUAAUGUUGACCAUUAGUAUGCCUUCAAAAUGUACAAUCUAGAAGCCUUUAGUUGUUGAUGACUGAGUGCUUACCUCGAAAGAAACUGUCACAAAAAUAUGGCAAAUACUAUUAGAAAUCAUAUAUAUAUCUAGUUUCUUCCCCAAAUAUUAAGGUAAACAUAGACAAAUUGGCAUCGUGCAGCACAUUCUUUUCUUACCGCAUUCGUUUACGUCGAUAGAUAUGUUUGAACAGCAGAGAUCAGAGAGCCCAGUUGGCAACCUGGAGCUGAAAAAGUCUGCCAAAGGAAAUGUCACGCCGGUAUCGAGCGAGGAAGAUCUCAGCGAUCAGCCACCGGCACAACUGUUAUCCACAGCGAGAGAAAUUGCUUUGGUGUUAACAUUGGCCGGAGCUGGUUUCCUUAAUGUACGUUUGUAGCUCAAUUGUUACAUAUUCUCUACAUUCCGCAAUACUAAUUUACAACCAAAAGAUCAUCUUUGUGCAAUCUUCUGUGAUUAUGUUGCCAUCCAUUAGCGUAGCUCUUGGAAUACCCCCGAACCGCCAACAAUGGAUCACGUCAUCAUACAACAUAGCAUUUGCUUGCGUUCUACUUCUCUGGGGUCGUCUUGCAGAUAUCUACGGCCGGCGAAUCUUUUUCGUUUAUGGUUCGAUCUUUGUCACCAUCAUUACCGUCGUGAUUCCCUUCUCACCCGGCGAAAUUGUGUUUGACAUCUUACGGGCGCUGCAGGGGCUCGGUAGUGCCGCAACGGUUCCGUCCGCGGUCGGAAUCCUAAGCUCCACCUUUCCACCUGGUAACAAGAGAACUUACGCGUUCGUCACUUAUACCGCCACUUCAGCAUUAGGAUCGGUCAUGGGAAAUAUUAUGGGUGGGAUCAUUGGUGCUUACCUCAGCUGGAAGUGGGUCUUCUGGAUCAUUGCUAUUCUUGCCGCUUUCACUGCGGUGGCUGGCAUUAUUGUAAUUCCUCGGCCUCAGGUGAAAACUAUCGAGCCUAAGAGGAAAUUAUAUGUCGAUUGGAUUGGAGGAGCGCUAAUAUCAACAAGCUUGAUUACGCUUUUGUUCGCUCUCACGGAGGGUGGUGGAAUUGGAUGGAGUACCCCUUGGAUUCCUGUCCUCAUUGUGGUAGCUCUCCUUUUAAUGGUAGUCUUUUACUUUUGGCAGCGACAUUUGGAGCGUACCGACCAGAGUCCAUUGGUGAAAGUUUCCAUGUUCAAAAAUAAGCAAUUCACGUCUGCUUUUGCUAUCAUCGGGUGUUUUUUCGCAUCUUACAAUAGCUACUUGAUCUUCGCGACUUAUUUGUAAGUUUGAAGAUAUUCUUUCGUCUCCAAGCACAAAGCUAAUACUUUAAUUAGUUAUCAGGAUUACCUCGGACUAGGAGUUAUAGAAACAACAGUACGCUUUCUCCCAGCUGGAGUUGCUGGCCGUAAGUAUAAAUCGAAAUUUCAUGUCCGGCAAAAUGACUAAAUAAUAAUAGUACUCGUAUCCUUCGUAACAGCUAAAGCUCUUACUAUAUUCCCCGGUUUUUACGUCCUCGUCUUCUCAACCAUCUGCGGCACUUUAUCUCCACUCCUCUUCGCCGUACCCAUUUCUCCAAACACAACAUAUUGGGCCUACGGCUUUCCAGCCAUGUGUCUCUGCAUCAGCGCCGACAUGUUAUCACCGACAAUUAAUCUUUUCGUGGUACGCCGUCUCGAGGAACGCGAUCAAUCGCUUGGUGGCGCGCUUCUAAAUACCUCGAAUCAAGUCGGCAGAUCUCUUGGCUUGGCAAUUGCAACGGCUGUGCAGGGAGCAGUAGGAAGUACGGGGGGAUCGGGAGUUUAUCGUGAUCCGGCGAUGCUCAAGGGACUGAGAGCGGCCGAGUGGGUUAAUGUUGGAUUGGCUGCUGCGACACUUCUUUUGGUUUUGGUGUUUUUUAGAGGGACUAGGCAUUCGGGUACUUCGUAGAUGGAUAUAUUGUUUUGGUGUUUUUGGGUUUAAAAGUUUAUAUUUUUAUUUUAUUUUAUUUUGGAUAUGGGUUUGGGUUGGAUUUGGAAUAGACUGGCUUGGAUUGCAUUUUUGGAUGGGCUAUGAAUGGGUUAUGAUGAUGAUAAUGGAUGGGAAUUAGAGAGAGCAAACAAACAUCUAGAGAGAUACAAAUAACAGCAUUCAGAGGGACACAAAGAACAUGAUUAGAUCGACACGAAAGACCAGCAUCUAGAGGGACGCAAAGAAUGGCAUUUAGACAGAGGCAAAAUACAACAAUUAAAAAGACAUAAAGAUCAGCCAUUCAAAAGGCAGAGAAAAUACACAAAAAUACCACCGGGUGUACCCAGCCAUCAAGGUUAAGACAAACAACGCCACAAAA